ACUUCAUUAUUAUUAUAAUAUUACUGUAUAUUUUACUCGUAUAUAAUCGAACCCAAGAAAUGUUCACAUUCAUUAUUCCAGAAUGUGACAGUGCCGCAAAAUCUGCACAUUUACACACACCUAUACACACACCUUUCUCUAAGCAAAUUAAUUAAAAACCGAAGAGGAAAGAUCAGAGAAAUAUAACGGACUCGCUACAUAUUAUUCGGACAUUUCUGUUACUGAUUUUUCUACGCUCUUUCUCUCUGUUUUUCAAUCCUCGCCGCCGUUUCAAUCUCCGAUGACCGCUGCUUAGUUUCUAUACGGCGUCGUUUCUGGAGUCUUUUCGUUGCGUUUUUUGUAAUUUGAGUUUGUGUUUCUUGAGGCGGUGGUGCUGCGAGUUUUAAUUUACUUUCCAAAUUUAAAGUUUUAAGACGACGUCGUGUGUGUAUGUAUUGAUCGAAACUGAUUUAUAUUGUGAGAUUGAAGAUCUGGAGGUGUUGGAGUGGGUGUUAUCAGAUACAUGAUAGAUCCAGAUACACGGAUUCUUGAUGAUACUGAUCGAAGUUGAGCUUGUCCUUUUGUUCAAAUAAAAAUGAAAGGAGGCUAUAAUGGACUACGAGCUAAACAACUGUCUCUGUUCCUUAUGGCAGUUUUCUGCACGAGUAUUCUUAUUUUUGGAUGGGUGAAAUCCCCAAUUUUUGCUUCAUUGAUUCCUCCUAAGAGUCGCGUCGUGAACCUGCCUCCAGUGUUAUAUGCUCAAGAGAAUCAACUUGGAGAAGGAUUGAACGACUUAGAUGGAGUGAGCAAGAGGGUGGAUUUGCCGGAACCUGACCAUACCACAAACAUUGAUUUUAUCACCAGCGAAGCAGUUGAAGAAGCAAAUGAAAGGGAACUUGAGGAAGGGGCAAGUGACUCGCAUGUACAGAGCAAGAGAAUUGAUUUGCAGGAACCAGACCAUUCCACAAACAAUAACUCUUUUACUAGUGAAUCUUUAAUGAUUCAAGAAACUACUGGGAAGGCUGUGGAGGUUUCUCAUGGGGAAAAUAGUUCAAAAAUUACUGAAGAUUUAGUAGCACAUCAGAAUUUUGCGAGUACAAACAUAUCACUUGAACGAAGAGAGAAUAACAUUUUGACGACUAAAAAUGAAAAUCAAGACUGUAAUUAUGCCAAAGGAAAAUGGAUCACAGAUGACAAUCGUCCGUUAUAUUCUGGGUUUGGUUGUAAAAAGUGGCUUUCACCUAUGUGGGCUUGCCGCUUGACACAGCGCACUGAUUUCGCGUACGAGAAGUUAAGGUGGCAACCAAAAGAUUGUAAAACCAAAGAUUUCACGAGUUCAAAUUAUUUGAGAAGGAUGCAGGGUAAAACUCUAGCUUUCAUUGGGGAUUCGCUAGGUCGGCAACAGUUUCAGUCACUAAUGUGCAUGGUCAGUGGUGGUGAGGAAAGGCCUGAUGUUAUUGAUGUUGGGAAUGAAUUUGGACUUGUGAAGCCGCAUGGACAUGGUCGCCCGGAUGGUUGGGCUUAUCGGUUUCUUAGUACCAAUAGUACCAUUCUCUAUUAUUGGUCAGCAACUCUUUGUGACUUGGAGCCACUUGAUAUUAACAACCCGACUACAGAGGUGGCCAUGCACCUUGAUCGACCUCCAGCGUUUUUGCAACAUUUUAUAUCUAAAUUUGAUGUGGUAGUUUUAAAUACUGGACAUCAUUGGAAUAGAGGAAAACUGAAUAAUAACCGGUGGGUCAUGCAUAUUGGUGGCAAGCGUAAUACCAACAGAAAGCUUGCCGAUAUAGGCAGUGCUAAAAAUUUCACAGUUUACAGUACUGUCCACUGGCUGAACUCUGAACUCCCAAAAUUCCCAGGCCUGAAAGCGUUCUACCGAUCUAUUUCGCCCAGGCACUUCUUCAAUGGGGAGUGGAACACUGGUGGUACGUGUGACAAUACUUCUCCAAGAUCUGGGGAGUUGGAAGUUUUGCAAGACGAGUCAGCCGAUCUCCUAGCUGCAGGGUCUGUCAAAGGAACACAGGUUAAACUCUUGGAUAUAACAGCUCUGUCUCAGCUAAGGGAUGAGGGUCACAUAUCUCGGUACAGCAUCAAAGCCACUCCUGGAGUACAAGAUUGCCUACAUUGGUGCCUUCCUGGGGUUCCUGAUACAUGGAAUGAACUCCUUUUUGCACAGAUUUAACUGUUUGUGGUGCUUAUGACAAUUGCAAUCAACAUUCAACAUACUGCAAGGGGAACAUCAUUCUAAAGUUUUUGAAACCUUAAACGGCAUUCAAAUACUUGCAACUCUUUGUUCUUAGCUGCUGCAAAAUCCGGUAACAGUUUCAUAUCCGUUAUAGUUUCCCAAUACAUGAUAUAUUCAUAUGCUGGCGAAAGUAGAAUCUGAAUUUAUGGGUAAUAUUACAUAAUUUGGUUUAUUAUUAUGGAAUGCCCUAAACCAACUUCAGUAUAUACUGUCAGCAGUAAAUGUUGUAGUAGUCCUAGUUGAUCGGUAACGUGUAAGGCGGAUAUAUAGUUUAGUUGAGGCGUCACGGGGAAGCGACAAUUUUAAAGCCCCCGACAUUGUACUGUAUUUGCUUCGAUAUCAUACAUUGUUACCCGCAGAUGUCAGUUUUAUAUGAUAUAGUAUUUUAUACU